AUGUGGAAAGAGUUGAUCCGCUGGGCUGAUCGAGAUUUGGUUAACCCGCAAACAGGAGAGCCACUGCUGAAGCUGCCCAUGAAGCACGUUCAUGUACAGCACUUGGAGCUCUCGCCAGCGGAGAGGGACUUCUACGACACUCUGUGGCGGAAGGCGAAGACGGAGUUUGACACCUUCGUGGAGAAGGGAGAGGUGCUUUCGAAGUAUACCCACAUCCUCCAGUUGAUCGGGAAGUUGCGGCAGGCCCUUUGCCACCCGUUCCUGGUGUUUGCAAGGGCAGGCAGCAAGGACGAGGACAUGGAGUCCUUGGAGAGGCGGUACCUCGCCGAGGUCAGUGGGGAAGAAGUCUCUGAGGCCUACGUGGCAACUCUCCUCCAGGAGAUUCGAAAUGGGGAGCACAAUGACUGCGCAAUAUGCUACGACACACCGCAAGAUUCAACCUUGACGCCGUGCGGCCACAUCUUCUGUCGCGAGUGUUGUUACAAGAUCAUCAAGCAGUGCCAUGGGGAAUGUCCUGUCUGCAGAAAGCCCGGCAUCACCAGGAAGUCUCUAAAAGUGUUGCCUGGGGCAUCCAGCAUCCCUGCGCACCUCCUUGCAAAGGCUUCGGCUUCCGAGAGCACAAACGCGGAACCAACCGGAAUCCACAGCACGAAGACUUCUGACGGGUCGCCGAUCAGCGCUUUGGAGGUCAUGAAGCUUGAAGGUGCCGUGAUCGCCGUAACUGGUGGUGCCAGCGGACUGGGGGAGAGCACAGUGGAGCUUUCCGUCAAUGAAGUCGGCUCAUGGAGAGCAGUGGCUCCAAAUCGCCUAGCGAUGGAAGCCUUGGACUUGCUCGAACCUUUCGAGCUUGAUGAGUACUCGAUUGGAGAGGUGAGAAAUGGGUGGGAGAAUUUGGAGCGCCGCUGUGGAACUCCCAAAGCGGCCGCCGAAGAGUUCCUUCACAAGGUUUCUGCGGCAAUCCCGAAGACGGAGCACAUGCAGAAACGAGCCAGUACGGUAUGGUCGAAGCUGAAUGGGCUGUUAGCAUCCAUGCACGACCAGUCGAUGUUCACAGGCCAGCUGGAGUACCUUGCCCUGCGGCACAUGAAUCAGGACAUCAGUGCUGCAGAGAUAGAGACUUUCAAGGGGCUCUUGAUUGAAUUCUGUGCGUCCAAGUUGGGUGGCAUGAUGACUCCGGAGUUCCAGUACGGCGUCACACGGCUUGUGGAUGCAGUGGGUGCAUCAUAUCAACACACACGCGAGUUCUACAAGGCAAACCUGAAGAUCCUCGAAGCGAGCUGGGUGGUCGUUCAGGAAAAUUCCAAGGAAGCAGAGGCCGAUGCCGAGGGAGGUCUAGCUGAAGGUGAGGAGGGAGAGGAGGGCCAAGUGGAAGCACAGGAGACUGAAAAGAACGAGGAGCAGGCCGCGACUCCGGAGAAAAAGAAAAGUGGGGAGCGUGCAAGUAACGAGGCCAACAAGACCAUGAAAGAGGGGACCAUGACCGAUGCCCAGAACAUGAAUGUGCCCACUAGUUUUGGUGAGAUGGCACGAUUUAAUGCUUCCGUCAUGGGCGUGGGUGACCGACCGUGGCUGUCAGAGAUGAUCAUCGCCCUUGACAGCCUCGUGCCCAACGUCGGGAACAUUGAUCGGUUGCAGGAGGAGUGUGAUGUGCUGUCGCUACUUCUUUGGCGCCAUUCGCGUCACGAGCAGCUGGACCUGCCCGGCUUCAAGUCUGUCAUGUUCGCAUCCCUGCGGCCUCAUGUCCAUGCUGCAGGCCCGGGUGAAUUGGGGAUUUACACGAGAGCCAAAUGGAGCAUGAAGUAUGAAAAUGCUUGGAGCUGGUUCUGGUCGUGUAUCGAGAAGAUGCUGGAUGCCAACAAGCAGCUGCCAGGCAUGUACUACAAUCACUUGAAAAGCUUCACAGAGUCCCUUGAUGAAGAUACUGCGGCGGAAUUCAAGCUGGAGGUUUUCGAAACACUCUUCGCUACCUGCGUCCAGACGCAAGACUACCUCAAGGCAUCCAACGCUCGAUUGCAGUACAUCAUGGGGCGCAUUCUCCGCGUGAUGGGCGACAUUUUCACGAAAACGAAAACUGCUGUCCGAGACAUUUCCGCCCUAGGGCUUCUACAUGCAGGAUACGGUGUCCCAGAGGACCUGACCGUCCCUUUCACCGAGGCCAUCAUGUUGACGGUUAAGAAGUUCAACAGCAACGAAUCCAUUGUGCCGGGAGUCCAGUGGUGCCUUCACCUUGCGGCCUGGCUUGAUUCAGUGGGGAGGAUCCUCACCCGCACCUUGGCGGAAGGCUCCACAGCCGUGAUGCAGUCCAUCAACAAGAACUCGGCAAAGGAACUGCAGAAAGCUGUGGUUGGUACGGAGUCCAUCUCUCCGCUUGUUUGGGCCAUCGAGACAGGUGCGCUAAGGUCUGGUUUGGAAGUCCAAGAAGGUCAAAGGAGGCUGGUCGACGACAACGGCCAUUUGACUCCUUCUUUGCAUGCGCUGAUUCAACACAGUGAUCCUGAAAUCGUUUGUCACUCCUGCCCAGCCUUUGCGGCGGAUCUGCUGUGGACUCGAAUGUGCGGCCUCGCCUUCGUCGGCACGAAGAUGUGGUUCAUCCUCACCCUAGCCAACUUCAUCGUUGGGUUGCAGUAUGGUAUCCUGUCCGACGAUCCUGAAGGCGAUUCGCAAGAGUUCAUCGAGUUUGUUCUUGUGCUCUUCUUGCUGACCAUGUUGGGCAUGGAGCCCUUUCUGCAUUGCUUGCAAGUCAGCGACCAGUGGUUGACAAGCUGUUGUGCAUUUGGGCAGUUCUUCUGUGACCUGUCGGUUUGGUACGAUCGAGUGUCCUGCAUCCCUAUGCUCUUGUACUUUGUUUUGGCCUUUGAGUUAGUCCACUUCAACAUCCACUUGAGCUGCUUCGCCGUGAUCUGCACACGGUUUUGGUGGGAGUUCGUUGUCUACAUCGGGGCCUUGCUUUUCUUGGCGACAGCUUUCGCUUCUGCGAUUGCUUGCUUGCCACAGUCUGGGCUUGACGGCGGCAUUCAGAUGAGGGACUUCUACAACUGGCCGGCAGCAUUUCAGGCCCUGCUCUCAAUGGGACUCAAUGUGUACGGUGCAAAUAACUACGGUGAAAUUGCGGUUGAGAACGAGCCACUCCUAAAAUGGUUUGUGAUCGCCUUCGCUUCCUUCUGGCAUGUGUACUUCAUGAACUUGAUGGUGGCGCAACUUUGCCAGCGAUACAUAGCGAUCUCCAAGGAUGCCCUGGGCUAUGCACGGCUGACCCGAGGCACCAUCAUCUUCGAAAGUGCCAUGCCCAUGAUUUCCACAAAGCGAUGGACGAGGUUUGUGAAUUCCUUGCGCCUUGAAGAGCCGUGUGAGCUUGACGAAGGUGAUGCAGGCCCCAAGGGAGGUCUUGCAACCUCCGAGGGGCAGUAUGACUACUUGAACCAUCCGUCGAUCCAACUUGAUAGGGUCCAGCGCUAUGGUGGCCUGGCAUCCCCCCAGCUACCAUGGCCUCCAACUGCAGAGGAGGAUGACAGUGCUGUCGCCGUGCUGCAGAGGAGCACAGACAAGAGGUUUGAUGAGAUCGAGAGACUGGUCUUCGACAUAGCUGUCAAGCUCGGAGUUCGAAACCAGCAGGGGGCGCUUGCAUCCAUGAUGGGAGGAUCCGCAAUGCAUGGCUCUGCGAGCCAUCAAAGUGGAGUGAGCCAGGGUUCUGGCAACAAAUCCGCGGUAGACGACAACGUCGGGAACUCACCCUACAGUGUUGGAGCGCAAGGUGCAGAGGAGGUGGAGGAGGACAGUGCGCACUCGCCUGAUGCAAGUCCCACGGCAGCAUCUGCCCCGGUCCCAGCUGCUCCGGCAGCUCACAAGGCUCAAGCUAAAGCUAAAGAAGGCCCGUUCUUUUUCGAACUAGAACUGGGCGUGGCCUUGUUUCCAAGAUCUCGCAGCGAUCGCAGCGGAGUCUUGGACAUGAACAAGGAGAAAGGUGAUGCGGUCGUUGAGAAAGUUGGUGCGUCGAAUGCAUUGUUUGUAGAAUGUAACAUCCUGGAUGAGAAAUCAGUGGAAGACUGCAUGAAAGCCAUCAAGGAGAAGUUCGGAAAGUUGAGUGGCGUCGUCAGCUGCGCAGGAGGUCAAACUCUUGGCACCGGCCUCACGCUGGACAAGAAGGGCAACCCUCAUGCUCUGUCUCCCUUCAAGAAGACGGUUGAGCUGAACAUUCUUGGCACCUUCCUCAUCGCCAGCAAGGCAGCGGCUCUGAUAGCAGAGAAUGCGCCAGAGGACGAGGAUGGAGAGCGAGGUUGCAUCAUAAAUGUCGCUAGCGUUGCGGCACAAGAUGGUCAAAACGGACAAAUCGCCUAUGCAGCAGGCAAGGGCGGCAUCGUCUCGAUGACGCUCCCCAUGGCCCGCGAUCUGGGGAAGCGCGGAAUCCGCGUGAACUGCAUACUGCCGGGUGUGUUUGAUACUCCGAUGACAGCACCUUUGAAACAGUUCAAGCCAGCAGUGUACAAGAAUCUUGCUGAGACGCACGUCUUUCCGAACACGCGCCUGGGCCAGCCAGAGGAGUUUGCCCAGAUGGCCGUGGCGAUACUUGAAAACAAGUUUGUCAAUGGUGAGUCCAUACGCGUGGACGGCGGACAAACACUUCUAGGACUCCGACAGAGGAUGAAAGAGCUGCUGAAGUUGCUGCACACGGACAUGGCCGAAGGUCAUCGCGCAGUGGAUCGGAAAGGUGCUAUGUACUUGGUGUAUGACGGCCGGCACAGGGAAGCUGCAGCCAUACAAGCUGCUGUUGCGGAAAGUGAAGAGGCGAUCUGUUGUGUGGACAUUGCUGGCCAAGAUGAGUUCUACAGGCAAAGAACAGCAGAACGGAUUCUUGGCGAAAGCCUUCGAUUAGGAUCUCAUCCAAGCUUUCAGCGAGGAGCUGCGAGAACUCACCUUACGAAAAUCCUGGUGGACUGCCCGUGUUGGUUUUGCACACCAGACGGGAUUGCAGGGCCAGUGCAAACGAGCCCAGAGUCGGGUGGGACGGAUCUUGGGCUGCUACUCCGAGAGGCGGCGUAUCAUCACAGCCUGCGUCGCUCGAACGUCCGGGAACUUCAAUCAGGACUCGAGUCCUUAACACUCUGCGCUUCCGCCGACUUGGGGGACAGGUGUGCCCGAGCAGCAGCAUUGCUUGACCUCUACGGCGCAGCGGUGCUGGCCAACUUUCUGGGGCCAGUGCAAGCAAUGGAACUAGCAGAUGCUGACUUUGGAAGUCCAUUGCCUGCUUGCCCAGGCCUCGGCGGAGUGCAGUCACCAGGGAUAGGACGCGGGGACUGGGCGGUUUUGCCAAAUGAAGCACCGGCGGAAUUCCUGUCUGAGCUGGAUGCCUUUGUUUCUGGAUUGCGGCCUCUGACGGGAGGUAAGAUGGACACGUGUGAGUUCCGCACUUGGCCAAUGGUAACGGUUUACGAGCCAGGCAGCAGAUACACUUGGCAUUUCGACAACGGCAAAGGCAGAAACGGGCGCUUGCUUACCUGCAUUUACUAUCUGAACAGAGACUGGGAUCUUGAAUCUGGUGGCGAACUCCGUUUGCUAAAGCAGGAGGAUGGAAGGCUUCAGGUCUUGGCAGAGGUGCCACCAGCCUUGGACACGCUGGUGCUGUUUUGGUCGGAAAACGUUCCCCACGAAGUGCUGCCACCGUGGGUUAGACUUCGGCAUGCUGUGUCAGUCUGGUAUCUAUGCCCCCGCCGUGGGCUUGAGCACUUCUCUGCUGGGAAUGCCGAGGCUGCCUUUGGCGAGUCCGUUCCAUCAGCUGUCGAGAAAAUCCGCGCCACGCUUGGAGGGCUCGGCGGCGAAACUGCGGCGACCAAGGAGAUCUUGGACCAAUUGUCGAGCCUGCAGCCACCCGAGCUACAGCCAUCCUCGCAAGUAAAGCCUGCCCUGCUCAAUGGGGACGGCAGCGUGUGUCUGUACCUUGCCUCAGUGUCCGACAAGCAGAAGCUCUCGCCGACUGGUGCACUCAAGUUGUGCGUCCUUUCAACACAUGUCAACGCAUGCCGGCAUGCGAAAGUCAUGUCAGAUUCUCUAGAAGAGCCUGGAAUCAGCAAAGGCCCAUCCCACAAUUGCUUCACGUCACUUCUCUCCCGGUCCGAAGUUCUGACAUUUCAAGCCGGGCCAAUCAGUAUUGGACACCCUUGCUAA